UGUGGUUAAUUUGUUGGUUAUAUUGAAUGAAAGAACAAUAUAUUGAACAGUAAACGAAAGGACUGAUCGAGUGCCGCCGAAUGCACGCCGAAUGAAACGAAAUAUCUGUCGAGGCUCUAUUACGAAAAUUAAUUUGAUUGGAUGUCUGCUCUAAAUAGAACGUUCAUAGAUAAAUUUAAAUCAUUGUCUUCGUGUAUAUAAACAGACUGAACAUGUUUUGUCUACAUUAGCCUGCAAGAGCAGACGCCGUAUCUUUUUGCCCAUUCCAUCCGCGCUUUAUGGACUCGCUCUUUAACAAAAAUAAACAACUGUGGAGUUAUCGAAAGACCUGAAGACCUGAAGUCUCCCAACCCAACUAUAUGGCCUAUGCAAUAUGGCCGGCUACCUCCUGUCAAGUUUUGUCAUUAUUAUUUACGUAGUAUUUUCGAUCUAUGGAAGUACAGCACUUUCUAAUGACUUGAGCCAAUCUUCAAAUCAACUACAAUGGCUGUUCGAAAAUCAGGAAUCAGAAAUGAUUCCCACGAAGUCACUUGGCUCUCUAACCUCCGCUAGGCGUGUCAUCAGAAAUGUUAUUCCUCCUGUUGUCCCUCUGUCAAUGAGUACGGACUGUGAGGAAGAUUUGAAGAAGAUAUGUCCCAAACUUUCGCGUGGUGCAGACGAUCUAACUGUUUUAGAAUGUUUCCUGUCUAAGGUUUCAGUGUCAGUUUCACUAGGCUGUCAGCACGUUGUUCACAACAGAGUAACAAAGCUCAUGGAUAACACAAACUUAGAGGAAAGUGCUCAACCAAUUUGUAAACAAGACGUGCCCAAGCUAAAUUGUCCUCACACUGACCAGACAGGACAGUUGUUGUCAUGUGUCCUUGAUCACCUUGAAGACUUAAACCCAGAAUGCCAGUCUUACUUCCAACGAAUAGAGCGCAUAGCCUUCAGUGAUUUCAGGGUUUUCUCAAAGUUUAUGACAGAUUGUGCCACUGAUAUAGAACUACAAAAGUGUGGUCGCCUGCAGACGGGUUCUGAGUUACCAUCACAACAAGGUACCCUCAAUUGCUUGCAAGCAGUUAUUGAUAACUUGUCUGACACAUGCAGACAUGAGGUGCUCCAUUUGUCAGUCUUUCAAGCAGACAAUAUUCGUCUGGAUCACAAGUUGAGUGCUGCUUGUUCGGAUGACCAGAAAAGAUUCUGUCCAGAUAUCCAGCCUGGUUCAGGAAAAGUAUAUAAAUGCCUAGUCCACUUUAGAAUGGACAAUGCUAUGUCUCAAGCUUGCCAUGACCAACUUGGGAAGUAUCAAAAAUUAAUAACUCAGAACUAUCGCGUGAGUCGAGGUUUAGUAAGAGCUUGCAAAGAAGAUAUUCGUCAAUAUCAUUGUCGAAGGUCUCCACCUGAUGACAAAGAUAUUCGACUUGCAAAAAUUCUUCUUUGUCUUGAAGGAGUAAUUCGGAAUGGUUCCAAAGUUUCAAGAGAUUGUCAAUUGGAAAUGAUGGAGCACCGUAAAAUGUUAAUGGAGGAUUAUAGGCUAUCUCCUGAAAUUGUAUCUGGCUGCUCAGAUGACAUUAAAAAGUACUGCAAUAGUCUUGAAGCUGGUGGGAAAACCAUUCAUUGUUUGAUGGAACAUGCCAGACCCAAACGAAGAAGAGAGAAAGUUUCUUCCCAGUGCCAACGUGCACUUGAAGGUUUAGUAAAGGAGGUUGAUGCUGGUGAAGAUUGGAGGGUUGACCCUGUGUUGCGAGAGGCUUGUAAACCAGUUGUUGAUGUUGCAUGUCAAGAAGUUCGAGGAGGAGAUGCAAGGGUCAUGAACUGCUUGAUGGACAAGCUAGGCACAAACUUCAUGACAGAGUCUUGUGAGUCUGCUCUUCUCCAGAUACAGUAUUUUGUUGCAAGAGACUUUAAAUUAGAUCCUCAGCUUUUCAAGCAGUGCCGUGAUGAUGCUGUACAUUUUUGCCAUGCCAAGAAAGUUUGGUAUGAUGAUUCUGGUCAAAUGGACCCAGAGCGUGGACCCCUGGUUCUUCCUUGCCUCUAUCGUUACGCAUACCAAGAAAAAGAAACGUUAAAAAGACAUUGUUUGGAGGAGGUUAAAAGAGUUAUGAAGCAAAGAGCUUUGAGUGUAGAUCUUUUACCUGACGUGGAGCAAGCUUGUUUAGAUGAUUUGGCUAUGUUUUGCUUUGAUAAAACUGGAAAAGGUCAAGAAACAUUAUGCCUUCAGGAUAAUUUGGACAAGCUUCAUCUUCAUUGUCGGGAAGUGAUUGGCAACAUUACUGAAAACCAAGCAGCUCAUGUGUAUCUCAAUCCUGUCAUUAGUUCUGCUUGUAGUACAGUAAUGCAGAGACAUUGUGAAGCUGAGUGGAGAAAUGGAAGGGAUGAUGGGGAUAUGAUGGAUUGCUUGAUACGACACAAAAGUGAAGUCGAUGUUCGUGAAGAUUACAAAUGCCGUGCUGCAAUUGAACACUUUCAAUUAAUUUCGCUGAAGAAUUACCACUUUACCUACAAAUUUAAAGAGGCAUGUCGAAUUUUUGUUAUGCGCUUUUGUCCCUCUUCCAAAACAAAGUAUGAUGUUGUAUCUUGUCUGAGCGAAGUUGUGAGAAAUGAUACUAUGAAUGAAUCUCGACACAGAAUUCCUAGGGAAUGUAGACAGCAACUAAAGGCACAGCUUUUUCAGCAAAGAGAGAGUUUAGAUUUUGAUCCAAAAUUAAAAAAAGUGUGCUCUGCUGAUAUUUCUAAAAUUUGUUCCAAAGUUGUACCUGGAGCUGGAAAGCUACUUGAUUGUUUACGUUUAAACCACAAGAUACUUAGUCCAGACUGCCACAAAGCAGUAUUCAAGGUUGAACAGGAGCUGGCAUAUAAUACUGUAGAUUAUUCUCUCAUGCUUAAUUGUAAAAGUAUGAUAAACACAUUCUGUCAUAAUGAACCAGAACAACGCAUACUCACAUGUCUAAAGCAUAACAAAGAUGACCCUGUGUUCAAUGAAGACUGUCGUAAAAUUGUCAUUCAUCGCAUGAUUGAACAAAGUUUUGAUUACCGACUUAAUCCUGAUCUUCGAAAAUCCUGUCAACCAGACAUAAGAAAGUUUUGUGGUAAGGUUAUUGAUCAUGCAAACCCUGAUGAAGAACUAGAAGGAAAAGUUAUAGCUUGUUUAAAGGUAAAGUUUCGUGCAGCCAAGUUGCGUAAAGAAUGUGAAAAUGAAAUGGAAUUGGUGUUACGUGAGGCAGCUCUCAACUAUCAACUCAACCCACUACUAAGCAGGAUGUGCGAAUCGGAAAUAAAAAGUCUUUGUGGGACAAAGUCAGAACAGGAGGCUGAGGGCUAUUCGCAGGGUGCAGUUGAGGAGUGCCUGAAAGAAUCCUUGCGUAAUGGCAAAAUUUCAAGUGCAGCAUGUCGUAUUGAGAUAGUUGCCCUCAUUGAUGAAGGACAGGCUGAUAUCCAUGUUGAUCCACUGCUUUAUAAAGCCUGUGCCAUAGAUUUACAUAAGUUCUGUCCAGACACCCAACAAGGAUCAGGAAGAUUGAUACAGUGCCUAGCUGAGCAUCUUGCUGAUACUUUGAGCUCUCUUCAGCGAGAUUGCCAUGAAAAGCUUUCUCAGAGAAUGGAGCUUUUCAGUUUUGCCAAAAAGGAAGCUGCUGUUGGAGUACCUCCAAGAACUAUGGGAGAGCUUUACCACCAUGUGCAAACUUCUCCAGCAAGUAAUUAUUUUAUGUUAGUAUUUGCUAUUCUUGUGGGUGUAGUAUUUUUGUGUGGGACGUUCUUUGGGCGUGUUACCAACCGUAGAAUUGCUAACAAAAACAAAUGAAUCUGAACUGUUUCCUUCCUGAGAUAACUUGUGAAAUUUUUGUUUUUAAUUUUGGGGUUUUUAUACAGUGAAGUGUAUUAGGUACAUGGUUUUCCUUUAACUAUGGCAUCUGUUUCUUUCAUUAAAGAUAACGUAUCUACUUGGUAUAUCCAUGUUUGGUUUUGAAGAAAGGAAUGGGCCAUUGGA